AUGGGGAGAGUUAUGAACAUUUCAAGGAAACGUCAUGGGAGAUCAAAGUCCAAGACACCAUCUCUUGCUCAAACUCAUGACUCUUUCUUGAGAAAGACAUUAAAAGGAGAGAAGUAUAUAAAGCUUUAUAGUUACCAUUUUCUAAUCAAUGGAUUUGCUGUUUUUGUUAGCUCACAACAGGCUGAGAAGCUUUCAGUGAGAAGGGAAGUAGCAAACAUAGUGUUGGAUUUCUCUGUUAGGACAGCAACAACUUAUACUCCACAGUUUAUGGGUUUACCAGAAGGAGCAUGGGUCAAAGAAGGUGGAUUUGAGAUCGCUGGAGAAGGAACUGUUAUCGGAUUUAUCGAUACUGGAAUCAAUCCGAAUCAUCCUAGUUUCAAUGACAAUGACAUUAAUAACUCUCAGCAUCCAUAUCCAACCCCUAAGCAUUUCUCAGGUCUUUGCGAAGUUACACCGGAUUUUCCAUCAGGAUCUUGCAAUAAAAAGAUUAUUGGUGCCCGGCAUUUCGCGCAAUCUGCUAUAACUAGAGGAGUCUUUAACUCAUCUGAAGAUUACGCUUCGCCUUUCGAUGGAGAUGGCCAUGGAACACACACAGCUUCGGUUGCAGCAGGAAACCACGGAGUUCCAGUGAUAGUUUCUAAUCUUAACUUCGGAAAUGCUAGUGGAAUCGCUCCUCGUGCACAUAUUUCUGUUUACAAGGCAUUGUACAAGGGUUUUGGAGGUUUUGCUGCAGAUGUUAUUGCAGCUAUAGACCAGGCAGCUCAAGAUGGAGUAGAUAUAUUAAGUCUAUCAAUUACACCGAACCGAAAACCUCCUGGUGUAGCUACUUUCUUUAAUCCUAUAGAUAUGGCGAUACUUUCCGCUGUAAAAUCGGGAAUUUUCGUAGUCCAAGCUGCAGGAAAUACCGGUCCAUCGCCUACAAGCAUGUCUUCUUUUAGUCCUUGGAUUUUCACAGUUGGUGCUUCUUCUCAUGAUAGAGUUUACUCCAAUUCCCUAACAUUAGGCAACAAUGUAACUAUUCCAGGCGUAGGAUUUGCAACUCCUACGGAUAAUGGAAAGAUGUACAAGAUGAUUUCUGCUCUACACGCCUUGAACAAUAGUACUUCUGUAGAUAAUGAUAUGUAUGUAGGUGAAUGUCAAGAUUACGAAAAUUUCGAUCAAGAUCUUGUCUCGGGGAAUCUUUUGUUAUGUAGUUACUCUGUUCGUUUUGUUCUCGGUCUUUCGACUAUUAAAAAAGCCGUAGAUGUUGCCAAGAAUCUAUCCGCGGUUGGCGUUGUGUUCUACAUGGACCCGUAUGUUCUUGGUUUUCAGAUCAAUCCAACGCCUAUGGAUAUGCCUGGAAUCAUAAUUCCAUCAGCAGAAGACUCCAAGAUUUUACUCAAGUACUAUAAUUCUUCAAUUCAGAGAGAUGUAACCACCAAAGAAAUUGUUGCAUUUGGAGCAUUUGCAGCCAUUGAAGGUGGUUUAAAUGCUAACUUUAGUAACAGAGCUCCUCAGAUUAUGUAUUACUCAGCAAGGGGACCCGAUCCAGAAGACAACUCUUUUAACAAUGCAGACAUAUUAAAACCGAACCUUGUAGCUCCUGGAAACUCUAUUUGGGGUGCUUGGAGUUCUGUUUCCACCGAUUCAACCGAGUUUGAAGGUGAGAAAUUUGCGUUGAUGUCUGGUACAAGUACGGCUGCUCCUCAUGUAGCUGGUGUAGCUGCACUAAUCAAACAAACUUACCCGCAAUUUAGUCCUUCAGAAAUCGCAUCCGCGCUUUCAACAACCGCUGUUCUGUAUGAUAAUAAAGGCGGUCCUAUAAUGGCUCAACGUUCUUAUGCUAAUCCUGAUCAAAGCCUCUCUCCAGCAACACCGUUUGAUAUGGGAAGCGGUUUCGUUAAUGCAACAGCAGCUUUAAAUCCUGGCCUCAUUUUCGAUACUAGUUUUGAAGACUAUAUGUCAUAUCUUUGUGGUAUCAAUGGCUCGGAUCCGGUGGUAUUCAACUAUACUGGACUUAGUUGUUCCGCUAACAACGCAAAAAUCAGCGGUUUUGACCUCAAUUUGCCAUCAAUUACAGUAUCGACGCUAAAUGGCACGCAAAUUUUCCGAAGAUCGAUGAGAAACAUAGCUGGAAAUGAGACAUACAAUGUUGGUUGGAGUCCACCUUAUGGUGUUUCAAUGAAAGUAUCUCCUACUAAAUUCUCUAUAGCCAUGGGAGAAACUCAAACACUUAGCAUAACCCUCAACGCAACAAAGAACAGUUCUAGUUCUAGUUUUGGCAGAAUCGGGUUGUUUGGAAACACAGGACACAUUGUGAAUAUCCCUGUAUCUGUCAUAGCGAAAAUCGUAUCGAGUUGA